AUGAGAACGCUGUCCCUCCGUCGCCUCAGUAGCCAUGGCUCCCGGCUUCUCAAGAGGGCGCUGUCGCCGGAGCCGCGCGACUACCAUGACGAGGGCGAUGACGACCGAGCCAGAUAUCUAAGAAGCCCCUCGUCCUUAUUCUUUUCUCGGCUGGACGCUGUGAGCUACACAUUUCCCACUCGGGCGGCGGCCGAAUUGAAGGUACUGCAUGAUUCGGCCCUCGGAGUGUCACCAACGGUAGACAUCGUUGCUGUCCACGGGCUCGGCAACGGUUUCGAGGGAUGGGAGUCGACUGAGGAUGGCCUUUGCUGGCUCACGAGUCUGCUCCACCACGAUAUUCCGACGGCCAGGAUCAUGACGUUUGAACACAGUCCGGACCUACUAACCCCGAACCUCGCCGUGCGAGAAGCCCUCUACGAGCGGGCUCAGAGCUUGCUCGGCGCCUUGAAGCAAAUGUACAGCGCCGGCGGCGCUCGCGACCCCGCAAACGGCACCCCACCACUUGUCUUCCUCUCUCACAGCCUCGGCGGUCUUAUCGUCCAGCGGGCCCUUGUCAUGGCAAAGGAGAGCCAGGACCCCGCCACCCACCGUGUCUACCUUGCAACCCGAGGUAUGGUCUACUUUGGUGUGCCCGCUCGCGACCAACUGAAAAGGGUUCUCGGUGAUGUCUCACACUUGUUGCACACCCGGACGAGCUCGGCGGGGCCUGCCGCUGCAGCAAGGCGGACUCGCGCUAGGGACGGCAAGGACGGCAGGGAUGGAAGGGACGGCAAGGGCUGGGCGGUUGAUGCCGCGUCGCUGGAGGCAGGGCUCAAGUCGUUCGACGAGAUCGCCGACCGGCUGCACGCUAUGUCGGUGUGUUUUUGCGAGGCCCUCCCCACGCCUGGCCUCAAAGGCCAAAUGGUUGUCGGUAUCGGCUCGACAACGUCCGCGGCGGAAAGGAUUCUGUUACAGCGCUCUCAUGUCGACCUGAUGAGAUUUGAUAGCCACGAGGACGAUGGGUAUCUUGCCCUUAGGGAGUGGCUCAAUCUUAUGCUGGCCGGCGCCGUUUCCCCGCCGUCUUGGUUGGCUCCGGGCCGCGCAUCGGGGGCCUCUAACUCCGACGGCGCAGCUGCCGCUGGCACAUCUUCGGCGACAAGCAGCCUCCAGACGCUGGCCGAUCCGCUCCAGGCCUACGACGAGGUACCGUUUCUCCGUUUCGACUUCGAUAUCCGCCCCGAGUACCCUUCCCCGCCACCCUACCAUGUGCGACACGGCCUCCUGGAGGAGCUCGGGGCGCGGUUUGAACAACUCUCGCGUAGUUCCCGUGUCGCGUGCGUCGCGCUAGUCGGCUACGAGGACGUAGGCAGGGGCUUCAUAGCGCAGCACUUUGCUCGUUUGACUAGUAAGGCCGGCGACCGCCCCGUCUUCUGGCUGAACGGGUCCAGCCGCGAGACCCUGAGCAUCAGCUACCUCGAGCUCGGCCGCGCCGUGCUCGACUACCACUGGGCUAAGCACGCCGACACCUUGAUGGCACUCGGUGACGACCCCGCGGGUGCCCGCGUGCGCCUGCGUGCAGCCCUCGGCCUCGCCGACCUCGACAGUCUGCUCGACGGCCGCGCCUUUCUCCAGCUCGACCAAGUCGCCGUCGCCGCGUCUAUCAAGGCUGUUAUCAACUGGCUCCUGCGCGAGGGAAACGACCGCUGGCUACUUGUGCUCGACAAUGUCGGCGACGUCAGCGACCUCGUCGAGUUUCUACCUCUGACUCUCAAUGGCUGGAUCUUGCUCGUGCCGCAAAAACGGGAUUUCGAAAUUGGCAUUCUGGGCAUGGGAAGGCUUGAGGUGCCCGCUUGGACGGAGGAUGAGGCGUACGAGCUAUUGCUUGCGGAGACUGGGCGGGAGCAUCAUCCGAGUGAGGAACAAGCGGGAUUCGACAUUGUGCACAGCCUCGACUACCGGCCUUCUCUCAUUUGCCAUACGGCGGCGUAUAUACGGGAGCGGGGUGCCUCAUUCCACAACUAUUACAGUACCGACGCUCUCGCUACUCUUGCCCUGGCUAGCCUCGAGGAGCACCCCGGCGUGACCAGAUGGCCGAUACUCUCGUCGGAUGCUGGCGGUGCUUGGUGGGUUGGCGGGCCAGCUACUGCGCUUACUCGCCAACCACGUCUCACCGAGACGCUCAAGACGCUUGACCUAAUAACGCAGACCUCUUGCGCAGACACCCCGACCCCGCGACACGCCUGGCUCGCACUGGUCGCCCUCUCCUCCGCCAUCCACCGCCAAACCCUCUUCGACUCCCCCACCCUCCCCGAGCUGCACGCUCUCUCGCGGCCCCUCCUCCCGCAUGCGCGGGCUCUCUACCCGCUAGCCCUCCAACUCUCCGAUGCCAACUUUGUGCCUGAUAAGCGCGAUCCUAAGCGCGUAGACUGGUACCUCUUUGGCCAGCUCGCCGCCACCCAGGGCGACUCGACCCUCGCCAUCAAGUGGCUCGAGUUCACGUUACACCGCGGCGCUGCUCGGCCCGAGGAUGAGCGCCUAGACCCCGUCCGCGAGCUUGAGACCGUUCUUUCUCUCGCUCAGUUGUACCGACACCACGGCGAUUUCUCCCGCUAUGGCGAACUCCUCCGCUCCGCCGUCAUCACCGACGACAUGCGUUACAACGUCCCUGACCUCUACUUUCGCGCGCGUCUAGCCCGUGCCACCCUCUUUGCCGAAAAGUCCAUCCUCGACCACGCCGCGUUUGAGCUCGAGGACCUCGCGCGCCUCUACACCCCAUCCUACGACGAAGAUUAUGGUAUCGUAUCCACCACGCUACACAGCAGCAACGGGCUUGCCCGCACCGCCACGCGCACUACAGCACACACCAGCAGCCACCAUAACCGGACCAGCUUCAGAAACAGCCACCGAAGCAGCCGCAUCAGCGGCAGUGGUAACAACCACAACCACAGCCAUAGUAUCAGCGGCGGGGGCAACAUAUUUGCCCAGCUCUCCCGCCCCCGCCAUAUCCUGGCCCUCCACAGUCUCGCCGUAAUUCUCCGCAUGGCCGGCCGGCUUGACGACGCCUCGGCGGCCUACGCCCGGCUGCACCCGCUGUACGCGUCGCACCUAGGGCCGGCGCACCCCACCGUGCUUGACACACUCGAGGAGCACGCCCACGCCCUUCAAGACACGCUACACAUGCUCGACGCCGUUCCCGUGCUCGAGCGCACCCUUACCGCCAAGACGGCCUCCCUCGGGCCUAAGCACCCAUCCGUCCUCCUGGCGCAGGCUCACCUCGCUGCCCUGCGCCAGACCCUACUGAACUAUGACGCCGCGGACUCUCUGUAUCGUACCGCCCUGCCCGCUAUGGAGGAACACCUGGGCGAGUCGCACGAGGCCUGUCUCGGCGCCAAGGAAAACCUCGCUCUUAGCUUCUGGGCCCGCGCCGAUGCCACCGAUGCCGCGGCUGAGGCGGUGGUGGCCGCCACCGGCGGGGUUCGAAAACGAGGCGGUGAUCCCGCGGUGCAGGAGAUGAGGCAGUGGGCGAUCGGGCUCAUGCGUGACGUCCUCCGGGUGAGGGAGGAUGUUGGCAUGGGCAUCGAAGCCGAGGCGACACGGGAACGGCUAGAGGACAUGAUGACGAUGAUGAUGUUAUGA